GCAUGUGUCGCACGAAUCAAUCGGCUUUGGCCAUUUAAGCGAGAAAGACAAAGUUGAAAAUCGAAUUCGUUAAUUACACUUUUAGAAAGGCUUGUGCGCUAAUAAUUAAUGGGAAAUUUGUCAUUUUUAUUCAAACGACCGGCGGAAUUCAUUGGUGAUUUAGAGAGUGAUUGCAAAAAAGUUAUCGACAAAAUGAUGACAGCAGCCAACAAAAGGACGAUGGAUCAGUUCAACUAUGAUUGGUACGACAGGCAUACGCACAAUAUGGCCAUGCAGCACUUCAAUUUCUAUGUUCCCACGAGCUACGAUCAAAAGCAGCAUCUGCCGUUACAUCGAACGCUCCACGAGGACCAGCACUUCUGCCCGUGCAUCGAAUGCACUGGUCCCUACACGUACAUCAACGACUUGACUAUUUACGAUGACAUACAGUCCUCAGAGAUUCUCCCUGCAGAGAAUCAGGAAGAAAACAUGAACGUACAAAUUCCAAUGGUGGAACCCAAUUUCAACGGUUGUCCAGCGGAACCAAUGGAAACUCAAGAUGUAGUGUCCCAUGAAAUUGAAGUUCGAGAUGUUACACGAGCAGGGCAUGAGAAAGCCGAACCAAGACACUUUGAGCUACUUAAAGUUCUAGGCCAAGGCUCUUUUGGCAAGGUCUUUCUUGUCAGAAAAACUAUUGGUAGAGACAAGGGUACUCUUUAUGCCAUGAAGGUUCUUAAAAAGGCUACCCUGAAAGUACGAGAUAGAAUGAGAACUAAGAUGGAACGUAAUAUUCUAGUCGAUAUAGAGCAUCCUUUCAUUGUACGCUUGCAUUAUGCAUUUCAAACGGAAGGAAAGCUUUACUUGAUAUUGGAUUUUCUUAGAGGAGGUGAUCUUUUUUCCAGGUUAUCUCAACAGUUAAUGUUUACAGAAGAAGAUGUAAAAUUUUACUUGGCAGAAUUAGCGUUAGCUUUAGAUCAUGUACACAAACUUGGUAUUAUUUACCGAGACUUAAAGCCUGAAAACAUACUUCUUGAUACUGAAGGUCAUGUUGUUCUUACUGAUUUUGGAUUGAGCAAACAACCUUUGGAUGAUUCACAAACAUAUUCCUUUUGUGGAACAGUUGAAUAUAUGGCUCCUGAAAUAGUUAACAGGAAAGGACAUUCUUUUGCUGCUGAUUGGUGGAGUUUUGGAGUUGUUCUGUUUGAAAUGUUGACGGGUGUUUUACCAUUCCAUGGAGCCAAUCGCAAAGAAACCAUGACUCAAAUUUUAAAAGCCAAGUUGGGAAUGCCUCAAAAAAUAUCUCCAGAAGCACAAGCUUUGUUGAGAGUUUUAUUCAAAAGGAAUCCUGUCAACAGAUUAGGAUCAAGUAGGUUCAAACUUUACAAAAAUAUGAACUCAAUUAAAUAUAAUCAAUUUUAUCAACAUUUUAUUUCAGAGGGAAUUGAAGAAGUAAAAAAUCAUGUAUUUUUUGCAACCAUCGAUUGGCAAAAAUUAUACAACAAAGAAAUUAAACCCCCAUUUAAACCUGCAGUAAGCGAAGACGAUGAUGCUUACUAUUUUGAUAAAGAGUUUACAUGUAAAACGCCGAAAGAUUCACCGGGAGUGCCACCUAGCGCAACAGCUCAUGAACUCUUCCGAGGUUUUAGCUUCGUUGCACCGUGCUUGCUCGAAGAUUCCAAUGGCGGCGAACACAAGCCAAGCGAAAACGUAGCCACGAGUUUUCCUACUCAUAUAAACUCUACCUGCAUCACGGAUGAAUAUGACUUUAAUCAAGAAAUCGGAAAAGGCAGUUACAGUACUGUUUAUUUGGCUGUACAUAAGCUGACAAAAGUAGAAUAUGCCAUCAAAGUAAUCGAUCGAAAAAAGCGAGACCCGACCGAAGAAAUUGAGAUACUUUUACGUUAUGGUCGACACCCUCACAUCGUCACCUUAAAAGCCCUUCACGAGGAUGAAAGACAUGUUUACCUUGUAUUGGAGCUUUUGAAGGGUGGCGAACUACUCGAUCGCAUGUUACAACGUCGUAACUUUACUGAGGCAGAAGCAGCAGAGGUCAUGUUCACUAUAUCUAGUGUCGUACACUAUCUCCACGAAAAUGGGGUUGUUCAUCGCGAUAUAAAACCAUCAAAUAUUUUGUACGCAAAAACUGGAUACAAUCCGUCUACUUUGUGCAUUUGUGACCUUGGAUUCGCCAAACAACUCAGAGCUGAAAAUGGAUUACUUAUGACACCUUGUUACACAGCUAAUUUUGUUGCACCCGAAGUGUUGAAACGACAGGGUUACGAUGCUGCUUGUGACAUUUGGUCUUUAGGCAUAUUAUUGUACAUCAUGUUGUCUGGUCGAAUACCAUUUCCAAAUACACCCGGUGACACAGCCAACGACAUCUUAGAUAGAAUAGGCCGUGGCUACGUCGAUGUCGAGAGUGGCGUAUGGAGCAUGAUCACUCCCGAGGCUAAAGAUUUGGUUAAACGUAUGUUGCAUAUUGAUCCAACUCGCAGACCCAAUGCAGCCAGCAUAUUAAAACAUCCGUGGAUCGUCAACAGGCAUCGAUUGCCCCACAAUCCAUUGCCUGAUAUCGUCAAAGACCCACUGGUCGUAAAAAAUGCCGUAGCAGCUACUUAUCAAGCUAUGUCAAAUAGUCCAAGGGCACCGCAUAUAGGACCUGUCGUAAUGUCUGAAUUGGCGCGGCGCAGAAAUCGAGCUAAGUUAUCGGCUAAUAUUCACGUUUGAGAACAGCAAAACGUUAUUCGAAAAAAAAAGUCUUUAAAAUCACAACAAUGAUUUGUACUUUUGUUGCCGCUUUUUUUCGAGCCCAUUUGAGAUUCAACGGAUAAUCCUUGAAUUUCUUUUUUAAAGAUUUUUUAUUUAAUUGAAUUAUAGAUUUUUACAAAUAAGUUUAGGCCA